AUGUUUUGUAACGUCGGAGCUGCUUGGACGUUCUGGAGACGUUUCCACGUUCUUUCUAGGCGCUAGCUGCACGGCGCCUGGCGCCUUAGCCGAACCUACCUGCAGGCUGCAGCGAUCCUUUGGCGGCACCGCACCAGCCCUCCCGAGUCCCGACCCACUGGCCCAUGGUAGCUGGUUCGACAGCAGCCGGGUUCGGGUACUUAGUAGGCUGGAUUCCCGCUCCGUUCUUCGUUCUUCGAUUCUUCGAUCUCUGUUGUUCGUUGUCGAUGUCCGUUCCGUCGACUUCUUCUUUUGGCGCUGAAGCUAUCGUCGAAACCGCCCGUACCCUUGCAGGGAACGACGGGUCAAGGCAAUGUGAGCCCGUGUCUGGGCUCGUCUAUAGGGCGAGGGCGGCCGGAAGCUCUGAUCCUUCUAGCGCACGAGUGCGUGGUAGUGAAGCAACCGGGCCGUGCUGGUAUCGGGACGGAUACCCCGAGCGACUGGUUUCGACGGUAUACGAAAUUUUUAGCGACGAGUGGAGGGUCUAGGCCGAAUGGUCGUUGCGUGAGAUUGUAAGGGAGUAUCCAGUAGAUGCGGCGGUGAGGAAAUUUUCGGACCUUGUGAGCUAACCCUACCGACAUACGUAGUGUUUACCGCUCUAUCCUCAUUUAGCACCAUAAUUAUUAGCAAGUACUAUCACUGGGUAAGAUUGGUUAUAGCUUGUAGAGAUAUCUGUCACG